UUCAGUGAGGUUUAACAGAAUUUCAACAUCUUUCUAUGCAAGGCUUAAUGCAUAGUUACAAUGAUCUGAGUAGUUAAGGUGGUCUUUUUCCUUCAAGAAAGGUAUAUUUAACAUCACACCCUGCAGAUGUAACUGUCAUGGGGUCAGUUCAGUUCAGGGCACUAUCUGGUCUGAGUUAGGUAUAGGACAAUAAAGGAGGCUGUCUAUUACAAACAUCAGUAAUUGAGAGGGGAGAAAUCUGGUCUCUGCCCUUUCCUAGUCAUUACAGAACAAGAACAAUGAGGAAGAGAGUUAAGCUAUAAUUCUAAGAAGCAGAACUACAAAACAUGCUACAUGGACUCAGACCACAGCCACAUCUCUCUCAAAGCUUAAAGUAUUUGGGAGGUUCCAACAGCUUUUAGGUUUUAUUUAUUUUCACAUUCCAUUGCAAUCAGAAUCAGACUAAAUUGCAUUCAGCAAAAAAGUUUUUUGAAGCCAAGGGCGGUUGCUCAUGCAUGUAAUCCCGGCACUUUGGAAGGCUGAGGAAGGCAGAUCACCUGAGGUCAGGAGUUCAAGCCCAGCCUAACCAACAUGGUGAAACCCCGUCUCUACUAAAAAUAAAAAAUUAGCCGGGCGUAGUGGGCGCCUGUAAUCCCAGCUACUGAAGAGGCUGAGGCAGGAGAAUCACUUGAACCUGGGAGGCAGAGGUUGCAGUGAGCCAAGAUCGUGCCACUGCACUCCAGCCUGGGUGACAGAGUGAGACUCCAUCUCAAAAAAAGUAAUUUUGUGGCCGGGCGCCGUGGCUCACGCUUGUAAUCCCAGCACUUUGGGAGGUCGAGGUGGGCGGAUCACGAGGUCAGGAGAUCGAGACCACGGUGAAACCCCGUCUCUACUAAAAAUACAAAAAAUUAGCCGGGCGUGGUGGUGGGCGCCUGUAGUCCCAGCUACUCGGAAAGGCUGAGGCAGGAGAAUGGCAUGAACCCGGGAGGCGGAGCUUGCAGUGAGCCGAGAUUGCGCCACUGCACUCCAGCCUGGGUGACAGAGCAAGACUCCGUCUCAAAAAAAAAAAAAAAAUUUUGAACACCUACAUUAGGGCACUGCUCAAUGGGAAUGAAUAGACAAUAUCUCUGCCUUAAAAGAGCUUAUAUCUUAGUGAGAGGAAAUGAGAAAAUACACAUCAUUUAAAAAACAAUUCAGUCGAUAAGAAGGGCAUUAGAGAAAAAGACUGGGAGGAGUGAUGGGCAAUGAUUCAGGCUGCAGUGUUUUAAACCGCUCACGUGAUCUAGCCCUGCCUAACCACUAGUCCUGUUGCCCUCCCGCCUCUGUAUAUUUCAGUCCCUUACAUGCAAUACUCUUCUCUCUUUAUUAGGCUUCUGCAGAUGUUUCCCUCUGCCUGAACCCUUUCUUCAGCUCAGCUCAAAUAUCCCCUUCCUCUGGGAAGACUUCCCACACAGCUAGAUUUCUAUUCUAGGCUUCCGCAACACCUGCCCCUCACCUUUAAACACCGCUCAUAUUCUGACUUUACAUCCCGCUUGUAUCUGUUUAUCGCUCAUAACAUCAAGUAAGCUCCAUGCGGGCACAGCUAUGAUCUGCUUUGUUUGCCGCCGACCCUGCGCCCAGCACGGAGACUGUGUAGUUACUACUAGGACCUCGCCUACCCGCGGAACACACUGAGAGCCGGAAGUGUUGCGUUCGCUCCGGACAACCGGAUGGGGAACUGCGCGGCCCACAGGGCAACCGGAAGCAUAGCGUUCCCGUCCGGACGUCCUGAGAGGGAAACGCCCGCAAAGGCUGGUUUUUAAGCGGGACCAUCUCUUCACUCGCAGCAAGUGCGCGUGCGCUGCCUCUCUCAGCCCAAAUCGGGAACAUGGCCGUACGGUCGCUGUGGGCGGGCCGGCUGCGGGUGCAGCGCCUACUGGCCUGGAGUGCCGCGUGGGAGAGCAAGGAAUGGCCGCUUCCAUUCAGCACUGCCACCCAGAGAACUGCUGGUGAGGACUGCCGUUCUGAGGACCCUCCUGAUGAGCUUGGGCCCCCUCUUGCUGAACAAGCCUUAAGGGUAAAAGCUGUUAAACUGGAGAAAGAAGUCCAGGAUUUAACAGUGAGAUACCAGAGAGCUGUAGCUGAUUGUGAAAACAUAAGGAGGCGAACCCAGAGAUGUGUGGAAGACGCCAAGAUAUUUGGAAUCCAGAGUUUCUGUAAGGACUUGGUGGAGGUGGCUGACAUUUUGGAAAAGACUACAGAGUGCAUUUCUGAAGAAUCAGAGCCUGAGGACCAAAAGCUCACUCUGGAGAAGGUCUUCCGAGGGUUGUUGCUUUUAGAAGCAAAGCUGAAAAGUGUGUUUGCCAAGCAUGGCCUGGAGAAGCUGACACCCAUUGGUGACAAAUAUGACCCCCAUGAGCAUGAACUCAUCUGUCAUGUGCCAGCUGGUGUUGGGGUGCAGCCUGGCACCGUGGCAUUAGUAAGACAAGAUGGCUACAAACUUCAUGGCCGCACCAUUAGGCUUGCCCGAGUGGAAGUGGCAGUGGAGUCUCAGAGAAGACUGUGAAGAGGCCAUCAGGAACUGGAUGUUCUCCCAGAGCGCAGUCACCUAUGUUUCUUUUAUUUAUUAAACUAGGUUUGUAUUGUACAUGAGGUACUUCAUGUGAUAUGUUUUGGAUUUAGUCAUAUUGGCUUUAUUUCUAAGAUGUUCUAUUGAUUUAAUGUGACCUGUUUGGUCUCAUCAGAAGUCUUACCAUUGGGCAUUUGAACAGUGUGACAGGUGUUCCAAUGGCCUUUAUCAAAACAUGUUAGGAAAAUUGGUACUGUGAUAAAUUUGAAUCCAAAAUCCUUUUAACUGUGUGUUUUCAACUACAUGUUUCUUCCUAGCGGUCCCUAUAACAGGACUUGUGUAGUAUCUUGUAUUUUGUGGAAAAAAGGAGGUGGUAGGGAUUGGUUCAACAUUUGGGUACUUAGAGGAUAAAGCUUCAUGGUUGUAUAAAUUUAGAUCAUUUGGAUUGAUUUUUAUACACAUAGAUUUUCAGGACUUUACCUUUUGUUUUUUUCCUUUUAGCCAUCUUUUGUUCUUGUAAUCUCAACUAGAUAGGCUUUAUGCUCACAUCAUUGUCCCAUACCCACCCCUUUCUAUUUGUAGGGGCUAAAGGUCUAGAUGAGACUUGGAAGGCAAGGAGCAUCGAAAUUUGAGAUGCCCAGGACUCUUUCAAGCAAGAAUGGCCAAAAAGCCUUGUGCUGUCUUUGCUCUUCAAAUUAUUUUCAACCUCCCUGUCAUAUAAUCAUUUCAGGCAAACUGAGGCAGCACUAACAGCUAAUGACCCAGAUGGCUCUAUUUGGGUAAUUUACCUACAACUUAUUCCACCAGCCUUUACUCCUCUGCCCCUUUGUCAAUUUUACCUUAUAAUCCUUUAUUAAAUGAUGGGCGGUGGUGAUCAGGACAAAAGUGUUAGGUUCCCAUGAUUUCUCAUUUCAUUUAUUAACAGUUAUGCUGAAUUUUUUCUUAAGUUUCCUCCGGCUCUAUUUAUGUUAUUUUUUGUGAUAAGAACACUUAACAUAAGUGUUCUCUCCUCUUAGCAGUUUUUUUUUUCCUGUGUUGCCCAGGCUGACCUCCAACUCCUGGGCCCAAGCAAUCCUGCCUCAGCCUGCCAAGUAGCUAGGACUACAGGCGUUCACCACUGCGCCCGCGAAGUUUUUUUUGUUUUUUUUUUUUUAAGUUGGUACUCACAAAUCACUACCUCUAUUAUAUUGACAAGCUUUAUCUCCUAUUCUUUGUAUCUGUUAAGUCACAUUUGUGUAAACAUUGAGCUCACCUUUUAUAUAUUAACCUCUAGAAUUAAUGGGCCUAUGUGGUUUUUUUCCAGUCUUGUAGCUGGUGUUCUGUAAAAGACUUGUCCAAUAAACAACUUAAUGAAUGAUACAUCAGUCAGAUUUUAGGAAGGCAGUCAAUUAUGGAUAUUUUCAUGUUGGAAGAGGCCUUAAUGAUCGAAUCUCACCCUUUCUGCUUCUGAAGUAUGAAAAUCUAGUCUUUUUAGGACUGGACACAAGGAAAAUAAUCUCUAAACUAUUGACUGAAUUCCAGUGAGAAUAUGAAUGAAGAACAACUAGGUAUUAAUGUCAAUCAUUUAAGAUUAAUGGGCAUGCAAUUAAGUCUCCAGCAGACAAUCAGAUGUUGGAUGUCUAGAUUAUAUAGGUUUAGGUUGAAGUUAUAAAAUAAAAUAAAUCCAUUUUCCACUGAAACUCUAUGACAUUCAGUGGAGUGGUGGAAAGUUAUCCUCUUAUACAUCAUAGAUAAUUCUAAGACAGCACACAAACUUACCAAUAAAGCCAUCUCCUUGUGGGCCCUACCAUCUUCAUCAGAUUUAGACCCUUAAAAAACAAGUAAAUAUGCACUUUUAAAAUGCAAUCAAAAGACUGGUGGUUAAGCUUGUAAAACCAGAACAUCUUUUGGCAUUCCGCUAAGUGUAUAUUGUGAAUUUAAUGAACAAUCAAGGUUCACAAUAGGAAGUUGUCUUUUUUUGCCUUCCUUUCUAUGAGAUUGACAGAUGGUGACAAUAAGAAAAUGAGCUGAUUGUAAUUACUCUCUGUGUGUUUUUUUAUUGCUAGCUAUCAUUACCAGUUAGAAUUAACAUUAAUUACAAUUAACAAUAAUUUUAGGUAUGGAAUGUUAUGAUUACCUAAAGAGAUGUCUCUACCUAACGAGCUCAAGCUCCCACCUCAGCCUACCAAGUAGCCAGGACUACAGGCAAGCGCACCACCAUGCCUGGCUAGUUUUUUUUUUUUUUUGGUUGGUUGGUUGUUUGUUUUUUACAGGCGGGAUCUCACUAUAUUGCCCAGGCUAGAAGAAUUUUCUAAUGCUCUAUCAUACCUCCCGUUUUGGCAAGUAAAUUGAGAAUAAUUUUAGGUUCUUUUGUUAUUCAGUAGUUUUGCAGACUUAAAAGUGUAAAUUUAGAAUUAGAAGAUGAAGCUAUAGUAGUAAGAAUCUCAAGUUGAAGGGCUUUGGGGAGCCAAAGCAGCAUAUUAGAGCAUAGGCUUGAACUUAAAUCCCAGCUCAGUCACCUGCAUGACUUUAGGCACCAGUGAUUUCACCCUUCUGAGCCUGUUUCUUUAUUUGUAAAAUGAUUAUAAUAAUUCUUUCACAGCAUUGUGAGGAUUAAGUGAAAUGUGUUAAAUGCCUACUACAGUAGGCGCUCAGAUAUUUAUUUUUAUUUUUUUAUUAUGCACAUUGUUUUUCCUACCUUUUUAUGGCUGUCUAAAGUCUAGGGAGAAGGGAAGACUGGUUAAUGAUGAGUAGAAAAAACUUGUAAGCUAAUCAUUUACUGACUUAUUUUCCUUCCAUUUUCUGGUUUUUUAAAAAUUAGCCACACCACAAGAAACCCACAUUUUUAGAUGGAAAGAGCAAGAAAAUCGUGUCAGUGCUCUUUGUUAUUUUCAUCUUAAUGGUAUAGUGAAAAGACAUUGGCUUGAGAUGAUACUAAGGAAGCUUUGGCUCACUCUCACUUGAAGAGGGGAUCUUGGUGUUUUAAUACUUGGAUUGUACAAAUGUUUUACUGACUUUUCUUACUGCUGUAAAGGAAUCAAGCAGUUGGGUAUUGAUAUGUUAUUUGGUGCUGUCAUUCAUGGCAAAGGAUUUGAUAAAUAAAAGUUCUUAAAACACUAAAGCAAAAUCAAAUGAGCAAAACUAAGGAUGAAAUGUAAUAUUCAUCAGAACAAGGAUCACUGAGAAAAAAUAUUCAGAAACAACUUUAAUAAAACCUGAAUUGAAAUAACUGCA